UUUUUUUUUGACUUGUGCCAUCCAUAUCAGAAAAAUAUUCUAUUCGACUCCCUCCAACGUCCGCAGCAUAUAAACCUACUCGUGUUGUGUGUGAAAGCCAAACAAGGAUCAGCUCUACUCUCAUUGCUCAAGACCGCAUCAUGAACGCACAUUCAGCAUCAAAGUAUGCAUCAGGCCAAUCCCAAUCAAUGACUGAUGUUGACAUGGACGGUGUUGAGACUCAUGUCUCGCAACUGGGUGUCAAUGAUGCCAUCAGUGCAGCCUCAUCGUCAAGGUCCGUAUCAAGGAGGUCUACUAGUGAAGAUGAGAUCAUGGGUGAACGCAGCGACGAUGAUGACUCUGCUGUGCCGGGCUUAAGCGAAGAUGAGGGUAGUGAUUCAGAUGAAGAAAUGCAUACCAAGGGUCGCACUACCGAUACCGAACAUCUCCAGGAUAAGAAUAGCAACGAUAGUGAUGAGUCAGCUACUGAUCGUAGCCUAGAGACAGACCAGAAUCAAGAGGACAAGAGGCUAUACUCAUCCGAGUCGGCUGCCUCAUCGACUACGUCCCUUCAAACCGAGCCCUCGAUCAUUUCUAUCCCAGAGGCUGUCUAUUCUGCGGUACCUGUGUCGUCCGAACUCUAUAUCAUUCCCCACUCAAGUAAAGGUUUUAGAUGGAACGAAGAUCUUUUCCUUAAAUCACAUCAACGCCGCAGCCUGGGUGUUGAUGAUAUGUAUAACGACUCUGAAGGCUCAAGCUCUGGCAGCAACGAAGCUGGGCUAGUAGUCCAUGAAAUCCUUUUAGAUGAGGAUGAAUCCAAGCAGAUCCUACC